GGCGCCCCCGACGCCGUCGCGGCGCUCUGCGGCCUGUCGAUCGGCCGCGCCAUUCUUGAUUGCCGAUGCGACAACGCCCGCGCAAUCGAGUCGGGAGUCGCACGUGGAUGCCCGCGCUCGGGCGCCGCCAUGGACAUCGCCAUUCGCGCCGCCCACAAUGGCGCGGCGGCGGCCUGCGCUGGCGACCCUGGCACUCACCCGCAGCGGAUGCAGCUCCUUAUUCCGUUGGCAGACGUCUUUGGCAGCGCAGCC